AUGCACCUGGACGCUCCAAUACCGCGUGGCCGGAAGCCUGGGAGCUUACUACAACGCCGGCAAUCACCGGGAGCUGGCCAGAACAUGGUAUUUGUUAUUCUUGGUAGUCUCGCUGCUAUAGUCUUGGCGGGGACCUUGGUUAUCUGCAUAAGAAAGUCCCGUGCGGACAAGAAGAAGCUCAAGGGCACACAAGAGGCAAAUAAGGGAGGCAUUCUUAAGUGGCUCAAUACUGCCGGCGCAACCAUCGAUAGGAACACUUCGAUCCGCUCCGUGCUUACUCUACCCGCAUACCGACAGAGUGCUAACCACAACGAGCAAGUCUUGGGAAGAGAGGGCGAGCGAGAUGGCGUUGACGUUAUUAUCGACUUGCCAACUGCAGAAGCAGAGGAGGAAGCACGAAAUGAAGAGAUGGAGACAAUGUACCAAAUAAGAUUGGCCAGAAGACAGGCCAUUGCAGAGCGAGAGGAGCGGAGAGAACGCCGCAGAGAGGCACGACUUCGAAACGACUAUCGCGAGCUGGAAGCCAUUAGAGCCGAAACCCGGGCUGCGAAUGAGGACAACACCAUUAGUGAACUGCGAACGACUGUGGACCAGCUCAAAGACAACCGGCAGAGAUCCGUAUCAAGUGUGUCAUACGCAGACGUGGGCGUUGCACGUCACGAUGGAACGAGAAUCAGAGCCAAUAGUACCGAGAGCGAACGUGUUGGUUUGCUAUCUGAUGCUGCGAGUAUGCAAUCAGGACACCAACGCGGGCGAAGCUUUAGUUCUGCCGCUAGCCACGACGACGACUUUUCGAGUCUUGCCCCUGCGCGCUCGCGGGGAGCUUCUAUCCGAUCAGGCAGCGCAGAUGGUAGAGCUGGGUCGAGCCCCGAGCUGGUAGAAGCAGAUCUUGGUGACGAAGCGAUGCCUCCUCCAGAGUACGAGGACAUACCGCUUAACGACGACCAAUCUUCAAUUCACGGUCCCCCGCCCAACUAUCCCGGCCCUGACCAGUCUGCACCGCAGGGAACGCAGCAAACUGCAGAGCAAGAUCUGGGAUCGGAUUGGCAAAUGGCUGACGCACCAGCCAUUAGCAGACAUCACAGAAACAGUUCUCGCAACGGUGAAGGCAAUGGCGAAGCUCCGCAACUACCAAGUUUAAGCAUACCCCAGUUGCCUGAAAUCGUUAUUGAACCAUCGAGCGCACACCCACGAGACGGCGAACGGACACCACAGCGAUGA